UGGAACUUUUGUUUUUCAGUAUAUGUUUGUCUCCUUACUAUCCAGAGAUACAACCUACAAGCUGUUAAAAUCUAUAUGUAGACAUCUUGAGGAUACAAGCAUGGGCAACAGUCCCAAUCCAUCUUCUGUUGAAAAUAGCUUCAGGGCUGAUCGUCCUACAACUCUGUCCCUGGAUUUUAACGAAGACUAUUCUGAUCUGGAUGGAAUGUACAGGAGCAGAGACAAGAGAUGGAGGAGUCCAGCAGCACAGGCUCACAGACCCCAGAGCUAGAACGUUUCCAAGGUGAGUGGGGUCGUGGAGCUGCAAGAAAAUGGGAACAGCUUAGUCCUAGGUUUUGCUUCUGUAAUUCCUUCUGAUGUAGAAGUGGAUCUGUGUUCUCCACAGUCCUGCAGACUAGUUAGGUACAGUCUUCCUCCAAGUUGCAAAAGCUGAAUUUCCCUUGUUAUAUUGCACUUCGUAAUCCAGAAUUAAAUAAUGACUUUGUCACCAUCAGGCUUGAUUUAUCACUGACUCCAAUUGCAUUCACCAUCUAUUUCAUAUACCCCUUAUCUAUUAUGCUGUCAGAGAUAUAGCUUAGCAAAUGUUCAUGCUUCCUUUCUCUUCCUCUUUUUCUCUCUCUCUCCCUGACCCUUUCCCUUUCUUUUU